AUGUAUUUAGCAACGACUAGUAGACCUGACAUCAGUUAUGCUGUGACAUACUUGAGCAGAUUUUUGGAUCGUGUAACUGAAGAGACCUGGACUGCAGGAAAACGAGUUUUGAGGUAUCUACAGGGAACUAAAACUCUAGGAUUGACUUAUACUAAACAUACAAAUGGUGACGUAAUACUUGAAGGAUAUUCAGAUGCUGAUUGGGCAACGGACAAGGAAAGUAGAAAAAGCGUUAGUGGAUCUAUAAUUUUAUAUGGUAAUAACCCAAUAUCAUGGUCAUCCAAGAAACAAACUUGCGUGGCUUUAUUAACAGCGAAAGCUGAAUAUGUGGCAGCAGCACAAACAGCUCAAGAUCUAAUCAACGUAAAGGCUCUAGUGAUAAAUUUAACAACGGAAAUACUAUUAGCAGAAGAGCAAUCACAAAGUGAAUGUAGAGGAAAAGCCAGUCCUUCAUCAAGUGGAUUUGAGGAUAACUUUGCGAAUGAAGAGGUUAGAUGA